GCUGUCACUUCUGCUCAGAGGAGUAAGCGCCCCAAAGCCGAGCUGCAGAGCUGUCUAUGGCCCCAGGCUGACCAGUAGACAUGGCUCAAUUUGGCCAGGUCCUGGCUGAAAUAGGCGACUUUGGUCGCUUCCAGAUACAGCUGGUGAUGCUUCUGAGUAUUCCCGGCUUCCUGUCCGCUUACUACAUGUUUGCCCAGGUCUUCAUGAUCCAGCACGAGGCCCACCACUGCUCAGUAGCCUGGGUCAAGAACCACACUUUGAACCUGAGUGCGGCUGAACAGCUGACACUGAGCGUGCCCCUGGAUGCUGCAGGCAAGCCUGAGUCCUGCCUUAUGUUCCGGCCGCCCCCUGACAACACCAGCCUGGAGGACAUCCUCAGCCACCACUUCAACGAGACGCAGCCUUGUGAGGCAGGCUGGGAGUAUCCUGAAGACAGGCCCCUGUCCCUAAAGAACGAGUUCAACCUCGUUUGUGGUCAGAAGCACCUGAAGGAGACCUCGCAGUCGGUGUUCAUGGCUGGGCUCCUCACUGGGGCUCUCAUCUUCGGGCCCCUCUGUGACCGGAUUGGCCGCAAGGUCAGUAUCCUGGUGCAGCUGCUACUCUUCGCCCUCCUCGGCCCGACCAUGGCCUUUGUGCCCAGCUUUGAGCUCUACAUGGUCCUGCGCUUUGCUGUGGCUACUGCUGUCUCUGGGUUCGCCUUCAGCAACGUCUCCCUACUUACAGAGUGGGUGGGGCCCUCCAGGAGGACUCAGGCCGUGGUCCUGGUCCAGUGCGCCUUCUCCCUGGGUCAGAUGGCAUUAGCAGGACUUGCCUAUGGCGUCCGAAACUGGAGGUAUUUCCAAAUGGCUGGCACCACACCUGUCUUGCUACUCUUCUUCUACAUCUGGGCUCUGCCAGAGUCAGCACGGUGGCUUCUGACAAGAGGGAGGGUGGAGGAGGCCAAACAAGUGAUCCAGAAGGCGGCCUCCGUCAACAGGCGGAAACUCUCCCCAGAGCUCCUGAGCCAGCUGGUCCCAGAGAAGACAGCCCCCUCAGGGAAUCCCCUGGAUCUGUUCAGGCACCCCCGGCUCCGGAAACUGACCCUGAUCUUCUUCUGUGUCUGGUUUGUGGACAGUCUGGGGUACUUUGGCCUGAGCUUCCAGGUCGGCGACUUUGGCCUGGACAUCUACCUGACGCAGCUCGUCUUCGGAACCGUGGAGGUUCCCGCCCGCUGCCUCAGCAUCUUCAUGAUGCGGUGGUUGGGCCGCAAGUGGAGCCAGGUGCUGACUCUGGUUCUGGGCGGCCUCGUGUGCAUCGGCAUCGUCUUUGUCCCAGCAGGUGCUGGAGCUGGCUCUGCCACAUUCCUGCCCUCCCCACCGCCCCCCCCCCCACCUCCAGGAGUGAGGGCAACCCUGGGGCCCGGGAGCGGAGGGGGCCAGGAGUUCGGGAGGACAGGGCAGGGGUGGGGCCCGGGGCAUGGGGCCGUCCACCUGCCUGCGGCUGACCGGCAUCCUCCCCCAGAUCUGCCGGUGGUGGUCACUGUGCUGGCCGUGGUGGGCAAGUUCGCCAUGGCCGCCAGCUUUACCAUCUCCUACGUGUACUGUGCCGAGCUCUUCCCCACCGUCAUCCGGCAGACAGGCAUGGGGCUGAUGGGCAUCUCCUCGAGGAUCGGGGGGAUCCUCACCCCUCUCGUGAGCCUGCUGGGCGAGUACCAGGCAGCCCUCCCUAUGCUCAUCUACGGCAGCCUCCCCAUCGGGGCAGGCUUCCUCUGUGCCCUGUUGCCGGAGACACGGGGCCAGCCCCUGAAGGACACCAUCAAGGAGCUGGAGGAGGAGCCCCACCCACGGUCUCUGGAGUCAGCACCUUCAGAAAAGGAAACAGAGGCUUCAGGAAGAACUUCUAGCCCAGGGGUGACCUUCGCGAGCAGCACGUACUUCUGAUUGUGUCCCUGGAGCUGGAGCACAGCAGGGAGCUGCCUGGACACCCCCUUGAAAUGGCUGGGGGCUGCUGGCACGGCCCCCCUCACAGUUGGAGGCAGCACACCCCUGACCUGGUCCCCAUCCCGGCCGCUGGCUGCCUGGUCCUGAAGUGUCUGUGAGGGCCUCCCUCUUCUCGUCACCCCUCACCACCUUCCUCAACCCAGCCCACCCCUACCCCUGUUCUGGGGUCGGGCCUUGAGCGUUUCUUGGGCUUCCCUGGUUCUCUAAUAGACUUGUGGGCUUACGGCUCCUCUAGUUCCCUCAGUCUGGGGUCCCCCUGCCCUCAAAACGUUUAAGCCCAGAGCAGAGCAGAUGGGUAGGGCCUUUCCAAGAAUGCAGCAGCAGGGGGAGAGGAAGUUGGAAGCCGCGGCCGGUACCCAGGCCGGUGGGAGAAAAGGCUGUGGAUGGGAAGGUUGUAGUUCCUUCCGGUGGCUGGGCCGGGCCCCGCUGGCUCAGGGGGAGGCCCCACAGGACCCGCCAUCCUGCUGAGAGAGGACUCUGUCUGCUGGAAACCAAAGCUUCAGUGCUGUCCUCUCUUCAAAGAGCCUCCACCCCCUGCCCUGCGUUCAGUCCAGCUCAUACCUGACCUCGUGGCCCAGGGACCGGCAGUGGGGAAAGGGAGGAGGCUGGUUGUUCCCGUCCUCACCUCCCUCCUCCCUUUCACCUCUGCUGCUUCUGGCUCCUGCAGGGCCAGGGGAAAGGGCUUUCUGCUCUGCUGCUGCUGGCCGUGGUUCUUUCCCUGCGUGUACUGGCUGAUCAUCAGCAAGUGUUCUCUGGCAGGCUUCUAACAGCUCCUCCAUGGGGACACAUCGGUGGAUUUCUCAGCGGUGCUCCCAGGACCCCUGCCUAGUUCCUUCAUCCAAGGAGCGUACUCACAGCUGACCUCCAGGGCCCUCUCUUCAGCUCUUGCCCCAGCACUGCUGCCCCCAUCAUGUCUCUUACUGCCAGCAUUCCUCAUCUUACGAGACAGCCCUCCUGGCUGCGUCCCAUCAAGGGACCUCCAGCUAGAGUGCCUUCCCCGGUAGCCACCUGGCCCACAAGAGCACCAUACAUCCUUGCACCAGCAAAGAGUGGAAAAGAGCUUGCCCGGCCUCUUCCCCUCCUGUGCCCUUCCUCCAAGGCCUCCCCAGCUAAGUGCCCUGCAGACAGUGAGGUUCCGCCUCUCCCCAGAGGCCCAGGCCUGAAGAGGGGUUCCUUCUGGACCUCCCUCCCUUUCUCCCACCCACCUUCCCUAAUGGAGGCUGGAGGGAGUGCUCCCCAUCUUUGUAAAUCUGGCACAAAGGUGUCCAGCAUCUCUUUCAAAUACGCGAAUCUUUAUUGAGGACAUAACAAAAGGCAAGUUGGCAUUCCACGUUCCCCUCCCCCAAGGUGGGAGUGGGACACAUGGGACAUUUCUCAGACUCAUGACCAAAGGAAGGAAAAAGCCAAUGGUCACCUGAUAAAGAUCACAGUCAUAAAGGACAUAAGACUCCAUCAGUUUGUAACUGUCUUCGUGAUUUACAAGGAAAGCACAAUCCUAGGAAUAGUCAGACCUCCAGAAACCUAUAGACUCAAUUUCUUGGAGCGCUAACAUCACCUCCUCCCUUCAUAGGAUAAAAAGCCCUACACAAUCAGUCCCUCCUCACACUUAGAAUGCAGAUUUUUCUGCCCACGAGUUCUGUCCUGGGACCUUAAUAAAAUCACUCUUUUUUUUGGCACCAAAAACAUCUCAAGAAUUCUUUCUUGGCUGUUUGCUCUUGGACCCAACCUCCAGAUGACAUCAUUUAUUACUUACAGACUCAGCUUUGGGAUGGUGGGGAAAAGUUCUAUUUAGCUUCCCGCUAUGCACCCAGUCAUGGAAUCCCAAGCUAAAGUCACCCGUUGGGUACACCUGAAAGUCUUUUGUGGCGCAGUGUGGUACCCAGGCCAAACCUGCCUGGUCGUGAAAACAACCUGCAUUGGAUCUGGGCAGAGGCCAGUUCAAAGCCAGAGGCAACUCCUCCACCAAAGGAGGGACACGGAGACUCGGAGCGCUGUGAAGUGAAGCUUUAAUUAAAGUUCAUGUGAGAGCAGGUGUCUGAUGGACAGGCACCCUGGGGUGGGGGAGGGGGGUUACAGCAGGCAAUUUAUCUCCUAGUGUGAAGUCCCCCCCCCCCCCGAUUCCUCGGCUGAGUACUACAGAGGUUACAGUCUUACCAGGAAGUCGCCUAUGCCCAUGUAAGCCCAAAAAGUAGUCUGAUUGGACUUGAGGUGACACAGAGACUUCAGUUCUUUGGCUCAUGCUCAUUGCAAAGCCCACAACAAAUAAGCCCUGGGAAUGGAGAGGGGCAGAAGAACCAGGAAGUGAAGUGUCUAAGGUUUGGGGGAGGGAGGGUUGGUUCGUAUGUAUUUCCCAUAGGUUGUAAACCUAUUGUCAACUAGACAGCACAGAUUUUAUUUGGUAAUUCUGAAAAGGAUUCAUCUCAUUUACUUCUCACAGCAACCUCCUCUACAAUGUGGACACUGCGUCCUUUUGAGGCAGAAUGAUCUCCAUUCCUGGAAAGAGACUUAAACAGAUCAGGACACAGGCAUAAAUGCUGCAAAGAUUCACCUAUUGCCUUUGGGCCAGGUCUUUGAGAACUUUUUUUUAGGGAUUGUGGGCUGUUGGGGGAAAGAUUUUUCUUUGUAUGUAAUAAAAAAUGCCCUGUGGCCUGUUCUGUUUAAAAGGGAAAUGUCUUUUUCAGCAAAGUGGCAGGAUAUAAAAUCAACGCACAGAAAUCAGUUGCAUUCCUACACACCAACGAUGAAGCAACAGAAAGAGAAAUCAAGGAAUUGAUCCCAUUUACAAUGGCACCAAAAACCAUAAAAUACCUAGGAAUAAAUCUAACCAAAGAGGUGAAAAAUCGAUACACUGGAAACUAUAGAAAGCUUCUGAAAGAAAUUGAAGAAGACACAAAAAAAAAAAGGAAAAAUAUUCCAUGCUCCUGGAUAAGAAGAACAAAUAUUGCUAAAAUGUCGAUACUACCCAAAGCAAUCUACAUAUUCAGUGCAAUCCCUAUCAAAAUAACACCAGCAUUCUUCACAGAGCUAGAACAAACAAUCCCAAAAUUUGUAUGGAACCAGAAAAGACGCUGAAUAGCCAAAGCAAUCUUGAAAGAGAAAACCAAAGCUGGAGGUAUCACAAUCCCGGACUUCAAACUGUAUUACAAAGCUGUAAUUAUCAAGACAGUAUGGUACUGGCACAAGAACAGAAGAGACCAAUGGAACAGAAGAGAGAACCCAGAAAUGGGCCCACAAACGUAUGGCCAACUAAUCUUUGACAAAGCAGGAAAGAAUACCCAAUGGAAUAAAGACAGUCUCUUCAGCAAGUGGUGCUGGGAAAACUGGACAGCGACAUGCAGAAGAAUGAACCUGGACCACUUUCUUACACCAUACACAAAAUAAACUCAAAAUGGAUGAAAGACCUGAAUGUAAGACAGGAAGCCAGAAAAUCCUCGAGGAGAAAGCAGGCAAGAACCUCUUUGACCUUGGCCGCAGCAACUUCUUACUCAACACAUCUCCAGAGGCAAGGGAAACAAAAGCAAAAAGGAACUCCUGGGACCUCAUCAAAAUAAAAAGCUUCUGCACAACGAAGGAAACAAUCAGCAAAACUAAAAGGCAACCGACAGAAUGGGAGAAGAUAUUUACAAACAGCAUAUCAGAUAAGGGUUAGUAUCCAAAAUCUAGAAAGAACUUAUCAAACUCAACACCCAAAAAACAAAUAAUCCAGUGAAGAAAUGGGCAAAAGACAUGAACAGACACUUCUCCAAAGAAGACAUCCAGAUGGCCAACUGACACAUGAAAAAAUGCUCAACAUCAUUCAUUAUCAGGGAAAUACAAAUCAAAACCACAAUGAGAUACCACCUUACACCUGUCAGAAUGGCUAACAUCAACAACUCAGGCAACAACAGAUGUUGGCGAGGAUGCGGAGAAAGAAGAUGUCUUUUGCACUGCUGGUGGGAAUGCAAACUGGUGCAGCCAGUCUGGAAAACAGUGUGGAGGUUCCUCAAAAAGCUAAAAAUAGAACUACCCUACAACCUAGGAAUUGCACUACUAGGCAUUUGUCCAAGGGAUACAGGUGUGCUGUUUCGAAGGGACACAUGCACCCCAAUGUUUAUAGCAGCACUAUCAACAAUAGCCAAAGUAUGGAAAGAGCCCAAGUGUCCAUCGAUGGAUGAAUGGAUAAAAAAGAUGUGGUAUAUAUAUAUAUAUAUAUAUAUAUAUAUAUAUAUACACACAUACACAAUGGAGUAUUACUCAGCAAUCAAAAAGAAUGAAAUCUUGCCAUUUGCAACUAUGUGGAUGGAACUGGAGGGUAUUAUGCUAAGUGAAAUUAGCCAAUCAGAGAAAGACAAAUAUCGUAUGACUUCACUCAUAUGAGGACUUUAAGAUACAAAACAGAUGAACACAAGCGAAGGGAAGCAAAAAUAAUAUAAAAACAAGGAGGGGGACAAAACAUAAGAGACUCUUAAAUAUGGAGAAUAAACAGAGGGUUA